UUUCUCCAAAGUGUGACUAAAAUUGUCACGAAAGGACGGAAGUAUCCUUAUUGGACAAUACAAGGUUGGAGUGACAAAAUCGAAACGAGGAUAGGAUCAUAGGAGACUGCUUACAGACCCAACUCUUUCUUUAAACCCUGCUGAAACUUGGAAAGAAAAAGAGAACUUUUCAUCGAAUCAAGGCUGUUAUAUUUGUUGCAAUGGCUUCGUCAUCCACAUUUUCUUCAUGGACCUUCUAUGGAAGUACGCUUGCCCCCAAGACAACAAAGCAUUGUAGCAAGUUUAUUUACAGUUGUUUGAACAGCUGCUUUAACCAAACCAUUUCUUCUAUAUCCUCGUAUGCAUCUCAUGACAUGACAUCACCUAAUGGGAAAGGGGUUGACUGGGCAUGGGGAGGGUUGUCACUCAAGAGCAGAGCCCAAUGCAGAGCACUGGAGGUGGGCAUUGAAUCUUCAUAUUCGGUGGGGAAUAAGUUUCAACUUGAGGAUGUUAUUGAGGCACAACAAUUUGACAGAGAUGCUCUUGGUGCUAUAUUUGAAGUGGCACUUGAGAUGGAGAAGAUUGAGAAAAACUCAACUGGAAGCCAAAUGCUGAAGGGGUAUUUAAUGGCCACACUCUUUUAUGAACCGUCAACUAGAACUAGGCUUUCAUUUGAGUCUGCCAUGAAACGUUUAGGUGGGGAAGUUUUGACCACAGAAAAUGCUCGUGAGUUUUCAUCUGCAGCAAAAGGAGAGACCCUUGAAGAUACUAUAAGAACAGUAGAAGGGUAUUCCGAUAUAAUCGUGAUGAGACAUUUUGAAAGUGGUGCUGCCAGACGAGCAGCAGCAACAGCCAGCAUUCCCAUUAUUAAUGCCGGAGAUGGCCCUGGACAGCAUCCAACUCAGGCUCUGUUGGAUGUGUACACUAUCGAAAGAGAGAUAGGAAAACUUGAUGGCAUCAAAGUUGGACUCGUUGGAGAUCUUGCUUAUGGAAGGACAGUACGCUCACUUGCCUAUCUGCUUGCCAAGUAUGAGGAUGUUAAAAUCUACUUUGUGUCUCCCGAUGUGGUAAAAAUGAAGGAUGACAUAAAAGAUUAUCUGACAUCUAAGGGAGUUGAAUGGGUAGAAAGUGCUGAUCUAAUGGAAGUGGCUUCCAAAUGUGACGUGGUUUAUCAAACCCGUAUUCAGCGAGAACGAUUUGGAGAGAGAGUUGAUCUUUAUGAAGAAGCAAGAGGCAAGUACAUAGUGGAUUGUGAUGUCCUGAGGGUAAUGCAGAAACAUGCUGUGGUGAUGCAUCCACUACCAAGGCUCGAUGAGAUAACUGUCGAUGUGGACGCGGAUCCAAGGGCUGCCUAUUUUAGGCAAGCCAAAAAUGGUCUCUAUAUUCGAAUGGCUCUUUUGAAGCUUUUACUUCUAGGUUGGUGAGAGAGGUGCAUUUAUUUAUUUUUUUUUCAAAAUUUGGGAGCCACUUCCUCUUAAAGGAGUUGAGUUGCGGAUAUUCGAGUUAAAUGUAGUAUAUUCAAUGGUUGUUUUGAUUUUGAAUGUUGAAUGAGUUUGUUCUUGAUUAACCAAUAAUUUUG